ACGAAAAGGCCAUAUGCAAGAUGAAGAUGAUGAGGAAGAAACGACAACAAUUCGAACAGUGACAAGAAAACAUCCUCCUCACAAUUUUACUGUACUUGAAGGGGACGCAACCACAGAUUUAUUUUCAUUGAACUACCCCGGGAAGUAUCCUGAAAACACCACGUUUACUUGGUACGUUUCCGCCCCGGAUGGCUACAACAUCUUGAUUCACUUUAAAAACUUAAGUUUAGAAGACGAAUACGACUAUUUGUACAUCGGAUCCGGUCAGGUCCAGCUAUAUCCAGGUACGAUGUUUCAGACAUUAACCGGGUUUGAAAAUCCGGUGGAUAUCUUCUUUCCAGGCAACGAGCUUUACAUCCAUCUCAAUUCGGAUCCUUUCGAAGCUCAUUACGGAUUCUGGAUGCAGUUGACAACAUUCAAAGGAAGCGAUAAUUUUACGUGCCCAGUUGGUACAUCUAUGUGCAAGUAUAGUCGAAGCUGUUAUAUUGAAGAGGACAGAUGUGACGGAGUGCUACGGUGUGAUGAUGGAACUGACGAAGUGGGAUGCAAAUGUCCCGAUCCAUGGUACGAGCGUUGCGGAGAUGGACACUGCCUCGUUAGAACACAGAUCUGCAACAGAAAGGUCGCUUGUAUGGACGACGAAGUCAAUUGCACUUUCGUCUGCAACAAUGGCAAUAAAAUCCGUCCGAGUUAUGUUUGUGAUGGCUUCAACGACUGCAUAGAUAACAGCGAUGAGGAGCAGAAUUGUGUAUGCCUGCCUUUCCAGUACACCUGUAACGAUGGAAAAUGUAUACACACAAACAACAAGUGCAAUGGGAUUGCCGAGUGUACGGACGGGGAAGAUGAAGAGGACUGCACAUGUGCAAGCUGGCAGUUUCAAUGUCCGAACUCGACGUGCAUACCCGGAUGGCUGACCUGUGACGGAAGUGACGAUUGCUCAGACGGAAGUGACGAACAAAAUUGCCCAGUUUGUCCUGGAAGAUACCAUCUGUGUACUGAUAAACGUUGUAUCUCACUGGAUAAGUUAUGCGAUGGCACAACACACUGCGCCAAUGAUGAGGAUGAGCAAAAUUGCGAAACCACGUGUAAUCCAGGACAAGUCACAUGUCCAGAUGGCACAUGCGCAGUCAAUAUAUCAAGUUGCAGGGUCACCACCACGACUAACAUGCCCACAACGACUCCGAUGCCAACGUCGACGCGACCGCCGUCGACAACAGUGCCCGGACUCAUGUCGACAGAAACAAAGUCGACUAUUACCAAGGCUCCAGUCAUAUGCGAAGACUCUGGUUUUGCGUGCAACGACGGAAAAUGCAUCAAACAAGAAUACCGCUGUGACGUCAUAAAAGACUGCGAUGAGGGUGAAGAUGAAGAAAGCUGCAUGGACAUAAAAAAUAGCUGUGAUGGUUUUGAGUCGACUGAUCGCUUUGUUUGUGAUGGUCGGAUGGACUGCCCGGAUGGAUCCGAUGAAGAUAACUGCCCUUGUGGUGAUCGCCCCAUAAUGGAUGCAAACGUCAUCAUGGGUUUUGCCGUCACGACACGGGGGAAGUGGCCAUGGCACGCUGGGGUUAUCAGCUCUUCAAAGUCACCCUACUGCGGUGGUACAUUAAUCAACCGGAAGUGGGUCCUCACUGCUGGUCACUGUGUGGUCGGACUACGUAAUGGCAAAGUCUACCUUGGAAUCACGAACUGGAAAACCGGAAGGGAAGACGGACAGACAAUACCCGUCGAACGAAUUUGGAUCCAUCCGAACUACACGGGAGGUCCAGCCUACCAGAAUGACCUUGGGAUCAUGAAAUUGAAGGAACCGGCUACACUCAAUAACUUUGUCCAGCCGGCUUGUCUUCCUCCCAGAGGUUACGUCAUUCCUGAUGGUUCUUACGUCACAGCCACUGGAUGGGGUUCCAUCGUGGAGAGCAGUGCAACUCCACCCGACCUACAGGAGGUCCGUCUUCCAAUAGUUCCCCUGGAGUACUGCAGGAACCACUAUUCGCUGGAGCUCCUGGACAGUGUGGUCUGUGCGGGAUACUCAAAUGGAUACACCAGCACCUGUUUCGGUGACAGUGGCGGGCCCCUGGUGUCUUUUAUCAACGGAACCUGGUAUUCCAUCGGUUCAGUGUCGGCAGGGGAAUCGUGCGGUGGACCGUAUAGGCCAAAUAUCUUUACCGGCACCGCCAGUAACUUGGAUUAUAUACUUAAAAUAAUGCAAGAAAAUUGAUAAUUGAUAGCUUAAACAUCUUAUAUUACGACAGACACCUAUAUAGCUAGAUAUUGCCAAUCUAAUGUGAGGUUCAUAAUAUAGUUUAAAGCGUUGUAUUAAAAAAAAUAAAACAUCGUUUUCAUUUUUACCUUUUACCAUCCAUCCCAACAAAGACAGGUAGAGAGGGGAACAUUAUGAAAAGAAAGAAAAGAAUAAGGGAGAAUAUUGACGAGAGAGAGGAAGAAAGUUG